CGUCGCCUGUUCGACUCAGAUUAGGAGAUACGGGUUUUUUUCUGGGGGGUUUUUUGAGAAGGAGGCGGGGCCACAGACUUAGGCAACACGAAGAAGGCGGUGAUCUGGAGCGUUCCAAGGGGACGGGGCUAACAGCCACAGGGGCGGGACCAAGGAGGAUGCUGGUGGUGGAGGUGGCGAACGGCCGCUCCCUGGUAUGGGGGGCCGAGGCGGUGCAGGCACUGCGGGAGCGUCUGGGAGUGGGGGGCCGCACGGUGGGCGCUCUGCCCCGCGGGCCCCGCCAGAACUCGCGCCUGGGCCUCCCGCUGCUGCUGAUGCCCGAAGAGGCGCGGCUUCUGGCCGAGAUCGGCGCCGUGACCCUGGUCAGCGCCCCGCGCCCUGAUCCGCGCCAACACAGCCUGGCUCUGGCAUCCUUCAAACGCCAGCAAGAGCAGGGCUUCCAGGAGCAAAGCGCCCUGGCAGCUGAAGCGCGUGAGACUCGUCGUCAGGAGCUCCUAGAAAAGAUUGCGGAGGGCCAGGCUGCGAAGAAGCAGAAGCUGGAACAGGCAUCAGGGGCCAGCGAGAGCCAGGAGGCCGGUGCGAAUCCGGCUGUCUUUGAGAAUGAGGCGGGCGCCAGCCAGGCUCCUGGAGAGCCAGAGGAAGCAGGUUCCUCUUCUCCGCAGCCAGGGCCUUCAAAUGGAGUGGCCCCGUUGCCCAGGUCUGCCCUGCUGGUCCAGCUGGCCACUGCUAGGCCUCGGCCCAUCAAGGCUAAGCCCCUGGAUUGGCGUGUCCAGUCGAAAGACUGGCCCCAUGCUGGCCGUCCUGCCCAUGAGCUUCGCUACAGCAUUUACAGAGACCUGUGGGAGCGAGGCUUCUUCCUCAGUGCUGCUGGCAAGUUCGGGGGUGACUUCCUGGUCUAUCCUGGUGACCCACUUCGUUUCCACGCCCACUACAUUGCUCAGUGCUGGGCUCCCGGGGACCCCAUUCCACUGCAGGACCUGGUUUCUGCCGGCCGCCUGGGAACCAGCGUCAGAAAGACACUGCUGCUCUGUUCUCCUCAGCCUGAUGGUAAGGUGGUCUACACCUCCCUGCAGUGGGCCAGCCUGCAGUGACUCCAGAGAGCCGUGGGGGUGUGGCUGCGGCUGUGGACAGAGCCGCUCUAGAUGGUCCCAAGCCCAUCUCCGCAUAUGGGAGGCUGCAGACCGUCCUGCCUCCCCCCGCAGUCAGGUUGUGACUCCGGAUGUAUAAACACUACAUCCUUCUUAUUUCCCUCCGUUUCAAAGCACUUACUGGCUGUGAUACCUGUUUCCAAACUCUGAGCUCCUUGAGGGUAAAGACUGGGUUUGAUUCAUCUCCAGUUUCUAGAGGGCUUAGUUCUCAAGAGGCCUCAGUAAACUUGUUGAAUAAACGUGGAGUCUGUGAUUUGAGUCCUGAUGACAGUCCUGGGGAGUGUGGGUGUUUGCAUUUGCAUAUACAGACGACGGAAAGGCCUGGAGGAGGGCACAGCUCUGGUAGGUAGCCGGCCGGGCUGGGAUUUAAGACCUGGUCUUUCGGAGUCUGCGCUCUUCCCACCACACUAACCUUCCUUUUGAGAAGAUUUUCACAAAGGGUUUCAGAUGCACACAAAGGCGUCAGUCAGAGUAACACGUGAAGAGAAGGAGGACGUGAGUGCUACAGUUUCGCGAUGGGCUCAGGAUGGGGACGGGAAUGUCAGGAAGGACACUUGGGGCUUGUGGAAUUCCGGUGGUGGUCUUUUUCUUGGCCUGGGUGGUGUUUAUUCAGGUGUGUAGAAUUAUUUUUUGUACCAUACAUUUAUGGUCCAGAUCCUUUUUUUAUACAUAUAUUCUAUUAAAAGUUGAAACAUA